AUGCCUUUUCAAGCCAAUGCCAGAGGGCGCGACAGAAGCACUUCUAAUCCUUUCAAGAACCGCUCUCAGCCUGUGACGCCUGUUACACCCAACACGCCAAUAUCGCCCAAUUUUCCCAAGUUGCGUCCUCCAGCGAAUCUUCCCCGUCAAAACCUUCCUGCAUGGGAUCGCGCUUAUGAUGCUGUCUGUCAUAGCACAGUCGACGAAAAAGCAAGCUUUGAGAAUGUGCUUCUGGCCUUCUUCAAGGAUCAUGGCCGAAGAAAGUCGUCAUUUGGAUACUUCCGUCUUCCCGACUCGGUGCGGUUUCAAAUCUGCCUGUACCUACUUCCUGACAACGAUAAGCCUUUGCGCUUAAACAAGUAUCCAUUCAACCGAGAUGUCUGGCGCUCACAAGACUUCACGUCGCCUUAUUCUACCCUAGGUCCACUCUCGCCAUACUUGGAGGUUUCCUUUGCCUUUCGCGCAGAUGUUCUCGUCACCUUUCUUCAGAAAACGAGACUGCACGCCGUCCUCUCUCCAUUCAUAGGGCCUAGAGUGAGCCCACUUGCAACGAAAUGGCUCAACACAUAUGGGCCAUACGCAAGUAAUAUCGUUAUAGAGUUAGAAAUGUCGCAUCUGGGCGGCGGCCCUACCCCCGACGCUGAAAACCUACUGGCCAACUCCGAGAAAACCGGGCUGAAUUUCAAAUACUUCAUCAUGUCGCAACUCAAGCGCAACUCUUCCUGCCCCAUGGAAAGUUUGAUCCUUUUGUGUCGAAGGUUCUACGGGAAGCGACCGCCGAAAAUAGAGCCUGAGACAACCAGUGCCUCAAUCAGCGCCGCAAGCAGCCGGCCACCUUCACGAGGCGUCAAAACACCCGAACCAUACAGUCCAAGGGGCAAGCCUCUUCAACGGUGGGAAUCCCUGCCAAGAGAUGAGCUAUUGUUGAGCCCCGCCACCUCCCAUGAUACCGACCGCCCAGGUGUACCAAGACCAACAGUUGUCCGUACUCGAGAUGAAUACUGUCCCGACUCGAACCUCGUGUUCUGUAAUAACGUACUUCAUCUCAAGGGCCGCAUCUCAUCUAUGCGAAUGUGCGGCUUCAGCGAGGACUACACGGCACGACUGAUGGGAAGCAUGUUCUCCCAUCAAAACAGUCUCGCCUACCGUGUUACGCCAUCGACGAUAUGGCCUAAACUCGACGGCCAAAAGUCUUACCUCGACAUGGGCCAAGGUAUCAUUGCGCUGGACGAACACGAGGUUGCUGCCUCGGACAACAUACCCAAUGCUUUACGCAAGUGGGAAGGUUGUGUUCAGCUCCCGCCACCCCAUAUCGACGGAAACGGAAACCUUCGUCUCCCUACCCUAGUAGCCGAUUUGCAGAGACUGAGGGACAGUGUCCCACGGAGUGAGACAAGCCUGUCAGAGCGUACAUGCGAGGAAUUGCGGAAUGAAGUCAAGAAGAAGAGGUUUCUAUCAGAGAAGAAAGGACUUGCUUGGCUCAAAGAACCUUUCGGUAAAGGAAAACACAGGAAGAAGAAGAGAGAAUUGUCGAGAGAUGUCGCUACGACGUAUUAA